CUGGUUAAUUGGACUCUUGGUUAAAGCUAGUCAACAGCAAAGGCGACUGACACAAUAUUUGCUCUGUGAGAAUUUUCGUUCUGCGUUUCAUUAUGAGUGAAAUCAAGGCAGCUUAUAAGACGUUUCCUGCCAAGGAUGACUUCCCUGAUCUUUCGCAGCAUAACAACUACAUGGCUAAAGCCCUAACACCAGAGAUUUAUGAAAAGUUGAGAGGAAAGGUCACCAAGAAUGGAUUCACUUUGGACGACGUUAUUCAGACUGGUGUGGAUAAUCCAGGUCAUCCAUUCAUCAUGACAGUAGGGUGUGUGGCAGGAGAUGAAGAAUCGUAUGAGGUGUUUGCCGAGUUAUUGGAUCCAGUGAUAGAGAUGCGUCAUGGCGGCUACAAGAAAACCGACCAGCACAAGACCGACCUCGAUUUCACGAAAAUAAAAGGCGGCAAACUUGAUGAGAACUAUGUAUUAUCGUCACGUGUUCGUACAGGGCGCUCCAUCCGGGGAUUUUCCUUGCCACCACACUGCACACGUGCUGAGCGAAGAGGAGUUGAGAAGGCUGUGGUUGACGCCCUGAAUAACCUGGAUGGGGAUUUAAAAGGAAAAUACUAUCCACUAAACAAAAUGACAGAGGCUGAACAGGAACAACUGAUCGAGGACCACUUCUUGUUCGACAAACCAGUGUCUCCUCUUCUGACGUGUGCUGGAAUGGCACGUGACUGGCCCGAUGCUCGCGGUAUCUGGCACAAUGAAAAGAAGAACUUUUUGGUUUGGAUCAAUGAAGAGGAUCACACUCGGGUGAUUUCCAUGCAGAAGGGAGGAGAUAUGGCCGCUGUGUUUGAACGCUUCUGUACUGGACUGAAUAAGGUCGAACAACUGAUCAAAGGAGCUGGUCACAGUUUUAUGUGGAGUGAGCAUCUCGGCUUUAUCCUGACUUGUCCCUCAAACCUCGGCACAGGGCUCCGAGGAGGCGUACAUCUCAAAAUCCCUGAGUUAAGUAAAGACGAAGAGAGACUGAAUAGCAUCCUGAAGAAAUUUCGUCUACAGAAACGUGGCACGGGAGGUGUAGACACCGCUUCAGUGGGAGGAACUUUUGACAUUUCCAAUGCUGAUAGGCUGGGAAAGUCGGAGGUUGAGCAAGUUCAAGCCGUGAUUGACGGAGUCCAGUUGUUGAUUGAAAUGGAGAAGAGAUUGGAGAAAGGUGAAUCAAUUGAUGACUUGAUUCCCAAUUAAACCAUUGGAAUGAUCUCACCGGGAUAUUGUUUUAUCUGAUUUCUUGUGGUUUUUCACGAUUAUUUGACUUAGUGGAGAGCUCAGUUAAAAUAACAUGAUUAUGGAUCACUUAAACUUACAAAAGUAAAUGUGUCAGGAUUCUCUUGUUGUCUGAUUAUCUACAUCUAAAUAAAA